GUUAUUGCACUCUCUGAAUAACACUUGUGUUACGUUUGGUAGUGUACGUUAUGUAAUAAUAUAAUUCCUUGCAUAUUUAUAAUUAUUAAUAAUAAUUCCCACUACUAUUGUCUAUAUUUAAUCAAUAGUAAUAAUAUACGGAUUAUUUCAAGUUUAUUAUUCAAGUUCUGUUCCUGUGGUACACUAGGUUGGCUUAAAUAACAUUGCAUUGUUACUAUUUAUUCCAUUUAAACGUCUUAAAAAUUAGUGCAAUCUUUUUAACUAUUUAUUUAUAAAAUACUCAUCACUCUACUCACUGUACAAUACUCAUCAUCGUACCAUCCAUCAACAUAGAGGAUACCUACUUCAAAUCUUCAGAUUUAUUUACAGCAGUAUCAAAACUCGUGAAAGAUUAUACAUAAGGGUAGCCUUUACCCUUCAAAAAUACCAAAAAAAUAAUCAUCAAGGUUUCGAUUAAAAGUAAACAAACAACACCAACUAAGUUAAGUGUACAGGAUAAGUUAAUUAAAUAGACGAGCUAUUAAAGAAAAUUGAAAAUUUCUUCAUUUAAACUGAGUAAAGUUAUCAAACAAGAAAAAAGAAACAUGAUGUCCAAUGGCUUAGACUCCGCAGUGGUGGGACAGCAAAAUGGCAGUAGUGGCAAUAGUGUCGGAGGAGGACAAGAAGAGUCAAAAACUAACCUCAUUGUCAACUAUUUACCUCAAACCAUGACACAAGAAGAAAUAAGAUCUCUAUUUUCCAGUAUUGGUGAAGUUGAGAGCUGCAAGCUAAUUAGGGAUAAAGUUACAGUUCCCGGGGUUAUGACUAGUCCAUUGCUUACAGGGCAAUCCUUGGGCUAUGGGUUCGUGAAUUAUCAUCGACCAGAAGAUGCAGAGAAAGCAAUCAACACUCUGAACGGAUUAAGGUUACAGAAUAAAACUAUAAAGGUAUCAUAUGCAAGACCAAGUUCAGAAGCAAUCAAGGGAGCAAAUCUAUAUGUAUCUGGUUUACCAAAGAACAUGACCCAACAAGACUUGGAAACACUUUUCAGUCCAUUUGGUCGGAUAAUUACAUCUCGAAUUCUUUGUGACAACAUUACAGCAAAUUGUUAUUUAAACAAUGAGCAGUUUGAAAAUGUACGUCAAUUUGUCUCGGGGGCCGGAGAAAGUUUGCCUGGUCUUUCAAAAGGUGUUGGAUUUAUUAGAUUUGAUCAACGUCUCGAAGCGGAAAGAGCAAUCCAAGAAUUGAAUGGCACCAUUCCAAAAGGAUCUACUGAGCCCAUAACCGUUAAAUUCGCUAACAAUCCAAGUAAUAACAACAAAGCUAUUCCUCCUUUGGCAGCUUACCUUACUCCACAAGCAACACGGAGAUUCGCUGGCCCUAUUCAUCAUCCAACAGGACGUUUUAGGUAUUCUCCUCUGGCUGGAGACCUAUUGGCUAAUUCAAUGCUACCUGGAAAUGCAAUGAAUGGUUCCGGUUGGUGUAUCUUUGUCUAUAAUCUCGCUCCAGAGACAGAAGAGAACGUUCUUUGGCAGCUAUUUGGUCCAUUUGGUGCAGUACAAAGCGUUAAAGUAAUACGCGAUCUCCAAACAAACAAAUGUAAAGGUUUUGGAUUUGUCACUAUGACCAAUUACGAUGAGGCAGUGGUAGCUAUCCAGUCCUUGAAUGGUUACACAUUGGGCAAUCGCGUAUUACAGGUCAGCUUUAAGACAAAUAAAAGCAAAACUACAUAGAGCGAAGGGAAAUCGUAGACACCAGCGCGUUCGAUGCACUCUUUCUCUCCAUUAUUUAUUUCUAUUUAUUCUUUGUGGUAUUUAUACUACUAGAUUUUAGGUAAUUGACUUCGGGGUGUGAAUAGGGUGCAACGGACUCGGGGGUGCCACUGCCAGACAGAAGCGCACCUCCUUGUACUUUAAAUAUUCUCUAGUACUUAAAAUACGAAGCUAGUCAGAAGUGCAUUCGCGUUUCCUAUAGCAAACCAUUAUAUAGUCUGAUGUUUUGUAUUAGUCAUUUAUAUUUACUGUGCCAUUGCAGUUUACUUUUGUUUUUACAUUAUUUGUCGUCUGAUGUCCGUUUUAAAUAUUUUUCCACUUUUAGGUACCGUCUGAAAGUUCUGUGUACCAUAUUCUUGUUAAUAAAUAUUUUACAUAGAUUAAUGACUUCCUUCAUAAAUUUUUCGCUGGUGGCACACAACGUGUUUCAGUUUCAUUGAUCCAGUAUAGAAUUAAAUUUAAGUUUUAAUUUUUCUUGAAUUGCUACAUAUAAAAGUGGGCCAUCAGUGAAAAUAUUAAGAAAAUUGUUAAGUAUUUGAAAUGGAUUGAAUUUGAAAGACUAUAUUAUACUGUUUCGAUUUAUUACUUAAUUGUUAAAAGUAGAAAAGUAUUUUAACUGAAAGAUGAUUAAUUAAAUAUGUAAAAUGAAAGGUAAAGCAGCGUUUUUUUUUUUUUUGAUAGAAAUAUGAACCAAAGAUUCAUAGUUCUGUUUAUUAGCAUUUUCAUGUAAUUUCGAUUAUUUUCUAAUGAUAAGUUCAAUGUCUUUAAAUAAUAUAUAAAAUUUAUGUAUUUGUAUGUAGUAUUUUGUGUCUUAUUUUUAUUCAGACUAGUCGCUCGCAACGGCCCAACUCUGGAAUCAUACAAUUUUGGUAUAUUUUCUGUGGCGUUGCGUACCUACCUGUAUUUGUGUUAGUUGAGUCGGCGGUGGCAAGGGCGCCAUCUAGCCUUGUGAUAGUGUACUAGGUAGAUGAUUGAGAAAAUGACUGAUCGUAACUAACGAUUUUUUUUAAUGGUGAUCGCCCCUGCCACUCAAGAUUCUCAUUAUUCAUUUGUGUGUUGUGUUUAGUUUCCCAAUAUUUUUUGGCUUUUCUAGUAUUUUGCGGUUUUGCCUGGAACGCCCUUACUAGUUCGGUGGUAAUUACUGGCAAGACCACAUCUAUCUAUAUUCUUUUAUUACUUGAACCAAUUUUCAUUAAUUUAGCUUUUAUUAAAUCUUAUCUUUAAUUUUACUAAGUCACUGAGCUUAAAAGCUCUCAUUCAGAUUUAUUUUUCAUUUGUUAUCUAAUUUAUGAGUUUGGUUUGUUAAUUUAUAAAAUAACUUAUUUUAUUUUUUAAUUUAAUGUUUAUUUUUUUGUGAAUACAAAUUAAAAUUUA